AUGCGCUUUACGACCUCAACGACUGGACGCCCCAGCUGUUCGCCAGGAGAAAUCUUUACACAAGUGAUAUUAUCGCAUUCUACCUACGAAAUUUUACUGACACAUUCAUCUCUCAAUCACCCAUGCCGCCCCAGUCCUCCGCAGAGGCUGGCCCCUGGCCCCCCCUCCCCACUCAAUGUUCGACGCGUUAAGACGUCGAAAUGGUCCUUAACGGGCCACAAUCGCCAUCACAACCACCCACCCAACAAUUUGUAG